UUUGUGCGCCGGAGGAAAUGUCAUCCAAACAGCAGGAGGAAGCUCAGUCCCGAAAAUCUCCGCAGAUCCAGAAAGAAGCUGCACUUUCAAGGACCCCUCCCAUCCGACCUCAAUUCGCAGCUCACUCUCACGCUGCAACCUGAAACGCCUGAUGGGAUUAUCCCCCGCAUUUCCCCCUCCCCCACCGCCCCCUCCUCCUGCCCCGCCUCCUCCUCCCGAACUCGCCAUCCCCAGCAGCGAACGCGAAACCCCCUCCAAUUCGCCGACUGCACUCCCCGCAAACCAAACCGCGAAGCACAACACCCUCCCAGUCGAGAGAGAGUGGCUCUUCGCUCAAGCACACGAGCGAUCCCUGCCCACGGAGCACGACGACGACGACGACGAAGAAGCAAAGCUCGUCGUCGUUCGAACUGCAAAGGCCGCGCAGUUUUCGAGCGUUCGUCACCGUCCGAUGGCCAAUCGUGCGGCUCGUAGCGUCACGCUCCCCCUGCGUUCUGCCAGCCCGGAAUCCUUCAUUCCCAGCGGUACCGUCUCCAAGUGUACAUGCUGAUUGCUCCUGGGCCUCGGAGUUUCUCGAGUCCGCCUGCGCCACCGAUCAGCCGACCCGUUGAGCCUGGCGCCGUGUCUCGAAGGCGUCUCAAGAAGUGCAGCAUCAGCAGCUCUGUCGCCGGGCACGAGCUACUUGUCAGACUCGGACGUUGCCUAGGGUUGGAGCGCGGGAAGAGAGGCGGGUUUAGCACUGUCUUCCGAAUUGGGUUUCGUGUCUGCAAAUUUUUACCGUUCGGGGACGCUUGAUUGUCUCGUCGACCAUUCGUGUCCACUUUCGGCGCCUCUUUUCUGCAGCUCGCCCGCCCGCUGUGGCCAUAUGCUGUUGACUCGCUGAAACUUGUCCUAGCAGUACGGGAGUUCGCCGCUUCUUUCUUGUGAUUUUCUUCUCGCUGGCCCUGACUGUCAGGUUUCAGUUGUCGGUGGGUUCUUUUAUAACUACCUUCUGUUCUGUUGCAUUCGCGGAAUCGGCAUUCGAGCAUUCACGAGUAUGUUUCAAGUUUCCGGGGGUCCUGGAGCAGCGAUUGGAGUAUUAAGUUGUUCGUACCUUUCAGCUGUAGGACUCCGAGUGAUUGUCAGCGUGUGAAACUCGAGAUUCCACUCUGCUUCGAUUCGCCACCUCCUCGCAAGAAAAGUCAUCUCCAGAGAGAUCUUGCAAUUUAGGCUUCGUUCCAUCCCAGGCUGUGAAACAUUGUAAACAUGACAGAACUGAAGGUUUUAGAAGGUAAAGAUCUGACGAGAAUCGAGCGCAUAGGAGCUCACUCUCACAUCCGAGGGCUUGGUCUCGACGAUGCAUUGGAAGCCAGAAAGAAUUCCCAGGGUAUGGUGGGCCAGCGAGCUGCAAGGAAAGCUGCCGGAGUGAUACUGCAGAUGAUCAAAGACGGAAAGAUUGCAGGAAGAGCAGUUCUCUUGGCAGGGCAACCGGGCACAGGUAAGACGGCCAUAGCAAUGGGCAUGGCAAAGGCCCUGGGAGAAGAAGCCCCGUUUGCCAUGAUGGCUGGAAGUGAAAUUUUCUCUUUGGAAAUGAGCAAGACCGAGGCUUUGACGCAGGCUUUCAGAAAAGCCAUAGGAGUGAGGAUCAAGGAGGAAACAGAGAUAAUCGAGGGAGAAGUCGUGGAAAUUCUUAUAGACAAGCCAGCCUCCGCCGGUUCCGCAUCGAAAACCGGAAAAUUAACCCUCAAAACUACAGAAAUGGAAACAGUGUACGACCUGGGCGCCAAGAUGAUCGAGAAUCUGAGCAAAGAGAAGAUUCAAAGUGGUGACAUCGUAGCAAUUGACAAAGCGUCCGGAAAAAUCACCAAACUAGGCCGAUCCUUCGCAAGAUCCCGCGACUAUGAUGCCAUGGGCCCUCAGACGAAAUUCGUGCAGUGCCCCGAAGGAGAACUUCAGAAGCGCAAGGAGGUCGUUCAUGUGGUUUCUCUUCACGAAAUCGAUGUCAUUAACAGCAGGACGCAGGGAUUCUUGGCUCUCUUCGCCGGCGACACGGGAGAAAUACGGCCCGAGGUCCGCGAGCAAAUUGACGGCAAAGUUGCAGAAUGGAGAGAGGAAGGAAAGGCAGAUAUAGUCCCAGGAGUGCUCUUCAUCGACGAAGUUCACAUGCUAGACAUUGAGUGCUUCUCGUAUUUGAAUAGAGCGCUGGAGCAGGAUAUGGCGCCGAUACUCGUCGUGGCAACGAACAGGGGAAUCACGAGGAUACGUGGAACGAAUUACAAGUCGCCUCACGGUAUACCGAUCGACCUUCUGGACAGACUUCUCAUAAUCUCCACGCAACCCUACACGGAGGAGGAGAUCAGGUUGAUCCUCGACAUCAGAUGCGAGGAAGAGGACGUCGAGAUGACGGAGGAAGCCAGAGACCUGCUGACGAAAAUCGGUCACGAGACUUCUCUGCGGUACGCCAUUCAUCUGAUCACGGCUGCGUCGCUGGCCUGCUUGAAGCGCAAAGGCAAGGAGGUGGACAUCGAGGACAUCAGCAGAGUGUACUCCCUCUUCGUGGACGUCAAACGAUCCACGCAAUUCUUGAUGGAGUAUCAGGAGCAGUUCAUGUUCAACGAGAUGGCGGAUCCGACCCAAGACGACUCACAAAUGUCAGAAUGAUUCUUCCUCGCACAACUGUCCCUUUCGACAGGAAAUGGUCCCCCCACGCCUCCACCUCCCGUUGCCCCAAUGAGCUGUGAUCCGCCUCUCGCACUCCCCCAGCAUUGUAAAUAUGACGGAGACGGCCCGGAGCAAUCACGAAAAAAAACAAAUUACAUUCGGCGCUUUGGAAUUCGCAGUACCGGGUGCUCUGGUUUGAAUUGGAUCUCGUGGAUGCCGGCAAUCCAUUCAGCCCUGCGGAACUGCUGAGGUCGUAAGGGAUGUUCAAAUGUCAAGUUUGUGGUGCAUCUGAUCUUUUUUAACAGGACGAGGAUGACAGCACUCGACGUCGCAUGCACGCACGGGAAUGUCGGCAUGCAGGGAGAAACCAUCGAAGCCAGGAUCCACCGCCGUCCUGAAUGGUGGUAGGGAGCGUUUUUUGGCCAACCACAAAUUUAAACGAAGUACUUGUAAAUUGUUUGUCAGCUUAGGGGGAAGAUUAUCAGAGAGUAAUAUCUGGAGGAAUAGAGUGAAGUACUUGUAAAUUGUUUGUCAGCUUAGGGGGAAGAUUAUCAGAGAGUAAUAUCUGGAGGAAUAGAGUGAAUAUGCCCUUUACCGUCUGCUCACGUUCGCUACCACGAAACCUCUCCACUUUUGGGCAGUUCCACAUCAUUAGAAACCUCGUCUGUUUAUUCAUCAUUUACAUAUUUUGAUUUAAGGUAAACGCAUCAAGUUUAAUGUUCAUGGAAAACAAUUCUUGAGAGAUUUCUCACGUUAAC